AUUCAGUCAAUUACAACGUAUGGGAGGACACUCAAUAAGUCUCCCUUAUAGGAUCUCUUUGAUAAACACUCAUGCCAUUCCCUGAAUCCAUCAUCAGUUUGAUUCCUUCUGGGUCCUUCAUCAAAUAUUCCUGUGACACCCUCAAUUUUCACGAAACUAACACUGCAGUUUGCAUCCUCAUAACCUUUGACAUUAACUGCUUCCUCACACUGAACGACACUGCUGUCAGUCACAUUCAACUCACUAGCGGAUACUGUUAACUCAGGCUGUACCUCCCUUAUAGUCUCAUCCUGAGAGGCAUCUACUGUUUUCUCUGGUACGUCUCUCUUUUCUGCAACUGUAUCUUCAUGAUUUGCUGAAGACUCAGCGGCAGUACUCACGCUUUGUUGUGCUGAGGCGCCUAUUAACGUUCGCCCAUUGUUGCUGUCUUCUAAUCGCAGCAAGUGAUCUUCAGUUACUGAUGUAGAGGAAGGCACGAAUGUCCUUUUCGGCUGCAGCUUCAACUCACAUGUUCUUUUUAUAUGCUCUCUUCGGCUUGUCUGGCUGCCAAUACGCUGAGCACACAAAUUUCGAGCACCGCCCUCAGGUAAGUCUGAAUUAUUUAGCACAGUUUUAAUUAGUUCUUGCGUAGUUUUCACUUUUUUCCUUGGUGUGAAGUUCGUAGAAGCUUUAGCCAUUUUAGCGCAACCCGAGAGCUGCAUAUUUGUUGUCAGCUGCUGUCCUCUGUGCGCUUUUUGCUCACAAAGUGACUUAUUGUCUGUCACGGAACAAUCCUUCUUGGCGUCCCAGUCUUGAGGGUUCAUAGUAACUACCAUCUCCUUAGUAGCUCGUAUCGUACUGGCAAGAUUUUUGCACUUUCCUUCAACAAACCGAUUUAAACUAUCAUUUCGCAUUUUAUUGUCAAAUACUUCAGCCGCCGGCUCUUGUUCCUGAACAGACGACGAGCGAGUUGCAUUAGCUCCAAGGAGACCGUAACGCUCCUUGGAAAUCGUGGAGUCGCAAUUCCUUGUUUCUGAGUUUCCAUUAGCAGGCCAUUCAUGGGACAUUUUUUUCCCAUCCGUGCUAUCUACAUCGGCGUAAUUUUCUAUAUUGUUUGCCUGUCCAUUGCCCAUCCGCGUGCCCUGUACAAAUGCUGCUCCAGCGCGCAACAAUAUGUAUUUUCUCCAUCGUUUAACCAACUGCUUCGCUCGCUUCGCUAAUGUUUCGUCCUUCAAGUUCCGACGUAAAUCGUUCACAAUUUUACCUAACCUCGUCGAUCUCAGUAACUCUUCAUUAAUUUCAAUAUUUUCCAGAACUUCUAACACUUCCGUAAUAGUUUCCGCGUCACGCACAUUAUGAUUUCGAUCUAUCGCGUCUAAUAACUUACACUUAAGCUUCAACACAUCUGCCUCCAUUGCUUGCUGCACGCGUACUGACGGACAAGUACAGAGUCACUGGACGCCAAAGAAAGUAGUACCUCAAUGUCAACAGGUAGUAACAUUUAUUUGCUGAUCGCUGUUGUAAACAUAUGAACAUAUGACUAUGUUUUACGUCUAACAAAUGUCUGUGUGGGGCACAAAAAUACAUUACUGAAGAAAUACAAUAUUCGUCGUGAAUCUCACUAACGUUAUUUAAAUGCACAUAGCAUCUAUCGGUAUCCUUCCGCCAACUAUUAUUUGCUGUUCUUUGAAUAAUAUAUUUUAGUUGGGGCAAAGACCAGGUUAUGUCAUUCUGACAAUACUUCAUGAACUGGGGAGAUGUCUUGCAGACAUGCUAAUUCAGUCAUACCUACUUCCCUAUUAACCACAACAUUACUGACAACAAUGAGUGAAAGUCAUCUGCAAGCACUCUGUCAUCUGUGUUUCAGGUUCCGCCAACCUUCUCAAUGACAUUCGAAGUCGUUUCUCAUAAAAAAUAAAAUCUCUCUUUGUAAUUAUUACGUUAUGUUACUCACUCCAAUCCAAAGAAUACUAUAUAAGAAAAUUACUUCGAUGAAAAGGUAAUUGAUUUUUCGACUACUUCCUGAUAGGAAUAAACUAAUUGGAGACAAAUUUAAAUUCAGUGUGUCUACAGAGGACAAGGGAUACUUACCUAACAUUUCGUAUGUGCUGUAGUACGCCAUUAAGCUUACAGAACAUGUGUACAACUUUGAAUCCUGCGUUUCGGUACAAUAUGUAUAUUGGUGACACUUAAUACUAAAGCCCCUCCAGAAUUCAGUGUUAUUAAACUUGCUGGGACAAAUAGAUGCUAGGAAGCUGUUAGUAAAUGUGCUUGGGACAAGCUAACGUCAGAAAAGGAGUGAUUUUAUUCUAGGCUGUGGAGAAAGAGAUCAACACAUUGGCUAUAGUCACCUGUAGUCUAUGGAUAAAAGUAACCGUUGUAGCUAAUGUCUGUGGCGGAAGGAAUAUGAGGUAUGUAAACAAUAAAUUAUAUUGUGAAUGCGAACUUUACUUUCCCAGUUAUGGAGCAGGAGGACAAAGUGGGGUGUAUGGAAGCAGAAGCACUGAAAAGGAAAGAAAGGUUAAAGCAAUUGAAGAGGAAACAUGAAGAAGUGAAGGAUGGUACAGCGUCAGAAGAAAAAUCGGAAUCAGUUUCUGUUCUUCCAAAGCCGAAAUUCCGAAGCUAUCGACCCCAAGAUGAAACGUUGAAGGAAAAUGUUGUUCCUGAAGCUAAACCUGGAGAUGUGGAGGAGGAAGUAAAGGAUCAAUUGAGCUCUGCACAUUCGAAAGUUGUCAUCGAAGAGUUGGACAUAACAAAUCUUGCACCACGCAAACCGGACUGGGAUCUGAAACGUGAUGUCGCCAAGAAGCUGGAGCGGCUCGAGAGGAGGACGCAGAAGGCGAUUGCGGAGCUGAUUCGCGACAGGCUCCGGAAGGGUCAGGAGGACCUCGCCAACAGUGUCAACGCUGGUGCACGCAUCAACCAGAUGGAUGCUGCCAACGAAGAUUGACGGGAUGCGGCCCUUUUUCGGUAGAGUCUGAAGGUUCCUGUAGUAGGUGCUGAAGCUGCUGGGAAUGCUGCUGGUUGCCAGCAAAUGGCAGUAACCCUGUCAGAAACAGUGGCUCUGACCUGCAAUCGCAGAAUGGUCCAGAUGUUGCAAGCUGUGAGCUAAUCUGUUCGGUAGCGUGUCUAGCUGAUGAUCUGAACUGUUUCCCAUAUAUUUAAGUGCAGUCAGUUGCACUCUGGCAUAUACCAAUACUAGUUAAAGUGCGACUGGAGUCUCAGAUUGUGUGUGGAAGUUUGUACUGAAAGACUGAUUGUAUUAGCAAUGUAUCUUGUCUGUAAUUGUGCUACUGGCACAAAUUACAUAAUUCAUGAUCAUAAUGAUUGAUAAUUACAACUUAUACAGCAUAAUUAAAGUUACACCUUCAGACAG